AUGGGAAAGAAUACGUUUGACUAUACCAAAGACCGUAGAAAGCAAUGGAGGAAGGAGAAGAAGCCUAUUGUUAUCAAAAAUCCUAUUUUACAGAAGUCAUGGGCGCCUAAUAUGUCUGUGAAGGCAAAUUUUGAGAAACUUGGUCUCGCCUUCAACCCAAACCAGGCUGUCGGAGAUUUGGAAUCCGAAGUCAAAUCACAGUUUUUGACCGAGACAUCCACUGUGAAGGAACUGAAAAAGGUGAAGAGUUGCUCUAAACAGCGUGAAAAAUUCAUAUCAGAAGAUGACCGUUUAUUCUCUAUGUAUAUGAUAGAACUCUAUGGUGACGACCAUAAGGCCAUGUCUAGAGACCCUAAAAAUGUUUACCAACUAACGCCCACUCAAAUUCGUCGGCUAAUUGAAAGGUUUCGAUCUUCUCACUAUUUCAAAGACUACUUGGACCAGAAACAGAAUAAUUCUUUAAGAGUUCUUGAAUUAUAUAAUGCGUAA